GGUCUGUCCUACUCGUAUCCCAGUUGCGUCUCGUGAUGAAAAAGGUUUUGAACUGAUGGUUGGUCUGAACAUUGAACUGAAGUCUAAGAAGACUGCAGGUUCACUGAGGCCUGAGACCGCCUAUGACAUGUCUGCAUCUACUGACAUCACUGAAAACACCAGGGACAUUUUCCCAGAAGGCCUCCCUCCAUCCUAUGUGUUCGUCUCCACCCUGCGGCUCAAAGGGCCGACCAGGAAGUUGACCUUUGACCUGUGGAGGGUGGUGUCCAAGGAUCAGCAGACUCAGGUGGCAGUGACGCUGAGUGGGAAGGACCAGACGGUGGUGUUCACCUGCACCAGUACCCAAGACCAGGACCAGAGGGUCAGCUUCAAAACCGGCUUCCAGAGUCUGUUCGAUGGAAAAUGGCACCAGCUCAAACUGGUGGUGAGGCCGCGGCAGGUCACAGGGUUCCUGGACGAUCAGCUGAUCCAACAAACGCCGCUGUUACCGGUGGAACCUAUUUACAUCAACGGAAAGACCCAGGUGUCCAAGAAGAGAGGGACGGACCAAAGUGUACCAUUGCAGUUACAGAAGCUCCGUCUGUACUGUGAUCCUCAGCAGAGCGACAGAGAAACGGCCUGUGAAAUCUACUCUGUGGAUGAUGAACGGUGUCCUCUGAACCGAACAGAAACCGUAGAAGAAGAAGAAGAAGAGGACUGUAACUGUGUGGUUGGACCACCAGGGCAACGAGGACCGCCAGGACGCAUGGGUUUCCGAGGAGAAAAAGGGCGGGAAGGACCUCCAGGACCUGACGGCAAACCGGGUAAAGAGGGGAAACCUGGACCAGCUGGUCCUCCUGGACCAUCCGGACCCAAGGGUGACAUGGGUCCUGCAGGACUCAAAGGGGACCCUGGUCUUAAAGGGGACAGGGGGGACAGAGGAGAACCAGGCUCACCUGGAGAACCUGGACCUCCUGGACUAAAGGGUCCAGCGGGUCAAAGGGGGCAGUCCGGUCCUCCAGGAGAAGCCGGAUCAGCGGGUGAACCUGGUCCUCCUGGUUCCAGUGGACUGGUCGGUCCUCAGGGGUCAAAGGGUCUUAAUGGGGACCCUGGACCCCCUGGUUUGCCUGGAGCUCCAGGUGAAACGGGUGUUCGAGGACCACCUGGUGAACAGGGCCUGAAAGGACUUCUGGGCGACAGAGGGUUGCCGGGGCUCCCAGGACCACCUGGGCUAAAGGGCGCCAUGGGGGUCCAGGGUUCUCCAGGUCCACCAGGACUCAUGGGUCAGCUGGGUCCAAAGGGAACAUGUGGAGAACCAGGAUCUGCUGGAGCUCUGGGUCCACCGGGUCCAAAGGGUUCCACAGGAGAACCAGGCUUUCCAGGAGUGCCCGGUCACAUGGGUCUGCCGGGGUUCAAAGGUCAUAAGGGGGAGAGAGGAGAGGCUGGAGCCAAAGGACACAAGGGUGAACGAGGGGCGGAUGGAGAACCGGGUUCUCCUGGUGUUCCAGGUGAAGUCGGACCCAUUGGACGUAAAGGAGAGGUCGGACAGACCGGUGACGUGGGUCCUAAAGGAUCUGAAGGACAGAAGGGGGACAUGGGCCACCUGGGUCUAGUGGGUCCCAGAGGGUUUCCUGGACACGAUGGACUACCAGGUCAACCGGGCCAACCAGGAUACCCAGGAAAACCUGGUAAACCUCCGUCAGAUGAGUACCUGCUGAAACUCUGCUCUGACAUCCUGCGCAACCAGCUCCCAGCGCUACUCCAGACCCUCACCCCCCCGUCUAGAUGUGAACCCUGCCAGAGCAUAAAGGGACCCCCAGGUGAGCCAGGACCACCGGGACCUAAAGGCUCCAUGGGAAGUCCAGGCUACCCCGGCAGAACUGGAACCCCAGGAUACCCAGGACCCCCGGGAAUGCAGGGGUCUCCAGGCCUGAAAGGUGACCUGGGACCACCAGGGUUCAAAGGCAGUAAAGGGGAGGGGCACCGCGGGCCCCAAGGACCACCUGGACAGCUAGGGGUUCAGGGUCCUCGUGGCUUCGAUGGAACCGGACAUCCAGGUAACCAGGGCGACCCAGGGAAACCGGGACCUCCAGGGGGUCCUGGUAAACGGGGGAACCCGGGUCCUCCAGGGGUCUGCGACAUUUCCAUGUGCUACCAGAGCUACGACCUCAGGGAGCACUACAGCAAAGGACCCAACGUCUGAGGACCAGGAUAAGGGCCAGGAACAGGACCAGAACCAGGAACAGGACCAGGACCACCAAGCUAUGACCUCAGGGAGCACUACAGCAAAGGACCCAAUGUCUGAGGUCCAGGACAAGGACCACCAAGCGACGACCUCAGGGAGCACUACAGCAAAGGAUCCAACAUCUGAGGACCAGGACAAGGACCAGGACCACCAAGCUACGACCUCAGGGAGCACUACAGCAAAGGACCGAACAUCUGAAGACCGGGACCAGAACCAGAACUACCAAGACUUCUCACUGUUUGACUGACACUGUACUAGAGGAAGGUACACCUGGACCUGGACCUGAACCUGAACGGGCAGUGUGUUGACAUAGGAUCAUGGACGUCAUGGUUCUUAAUGGAAGCUUCUGCAGAAGAACCUGGUUCACAGCCCGACUUUGAACUUCAUUCCUGCAGUUCGAACUAAAACUAAAGAUAGUUUUGGAAUCCAUUUAUCCAGGAGUGUCAAACAUGUGGCCCAGGGGCCAAAACCGGACCACCAAAGGGUCCAAUCCCACCCACCACAGGGUCUAAUCCCACCCACCAAAGGGUCCAAUCCCGUCCACCAAAGGGUC